AUGCGUCCUUUCAUUGUAUCUCUAAAUUCUUACUGUAACUUUAUGCCACCGCUGUCUGCCGCGCACGUUCCACCGUUUAAUUCGAUCACGUCUUCCCCAACAAUAUUUCCAGACUGUUGUUCUGCCGAACAAUGGUACUACACGAUCCUUUACAGGCAAUUUAUGAUCAGUAGAAUGGCGCGCACAGAGGCAUCUUUCCAUCAAAACAUAGCAGUAAGAGGUGUGUUGCAAGAAAAUGCUGUGAAUGCUCCUAAAAGGCCUAAACGUAAGGCCCAGCCAAAGUUUGAUUUUGCUCAUCUUGCUAGAAGCAUUGAAAACGAAAACAGAAUAGCAAGAGAAUCAGCAGGUCAAGAUGAAGAAAUUGCACAGAACUGCUCGCCGCAUACAUCCAUGACAUCGAUUUCCACAGGCAUAGACCAAAACAAGCCUUGAUUCAUCCACUCGAAAGACAAGCCAUUCAAGUGUGAUGUCUGUCAGAAGGGUUUCUGCCAGUCACGGACUCUUCAGGUCCAUCGGACUUCUCACAGCAAACAAGUCGCUUUGCGGAGAAAGGAGCGGAAGUCAAGAAGAGCAAAUAAUAAUAAUAAUUAG